AUGAAGCGCAACUCAGCCGGGAAGCCUAAAGAGAAGAUGGACAAAGCUGAUCCAAGUAAUAUACUGCAUUCACCACGGCUCGAAACAGACCUUUUCUCUCUCACCAAUGAGGUGGAAAAACGUGGAAACAGAAAGUUAACAUGAUAUUUCCACGGAGAGGAACAAGGCGCGAGAAAACUGUUCCAAGUAGUAGUGGAUAGACUAUCCUCCGACGUUCUCUUUGCAAAAAAAAUAAUUUACAGCGAUCGACAAGUUUUUCGGUGGCUCUUCUAAAAAAGCAGGAACUUGGAGUGCUGAGGUUUUUUUUUCUACGUUUUCGAAACACAGAUGCCGCAAGAAGUUCUCAAAAAAUGAUUUUCAUAUUCUUUUGCGAUACAGAAGACAAAAUAUUAUAUUAGAAGUUUCAUGCUGAAAAUUGAAAUACUUCACCUUUUUUUCCUGGCAGAUUUAGAAACUUCAAAGCCGUUAAAACCAAUGCCGUUUGAAAGUAAUUUUUCACAUAAUGAUUUAAUAGGAGAAGUUGUGGUCGGUUCACCUCUGACUUGAGCUUCGAAAGAAUGUAAGAAAAUGAGAAAAUUCGCCUGGUUGGUGAUGAGCGCAGACGACAGUGCCACGCCCUUUGACGCCCCAAGGCAGCCCUGAACAGGCCCUAUCAAUGAUCUUCAUAGGCAAAGUCGGAAGGGCCGAAAAAGACUCCAUAGAAGUUUUCCUUUUAGGGUGACAAAAGCUCCUUUUUUGCGUCCUUCAUCGGCUCUUAUGCACCAUUUUUGCUGACUCUUUUUUUGCUGCUUUCUCUGCGGCCUUUUUCCCCUUUUAACAGUUAUUAUCCAGACUUUGCCCGAUAUGUUCGAAAAUAUAAUUUUCGCAGGAAGUGGCUUUUUCCACUAGGACUGAAAAGCUGAAAAAAGUUUUGGGCUUCCACGAAGUCGCUUUUUUUCAACAUGAAAAGCUACUAAAAUGUUUCAGGGUGGAAACGAUUUGUUGAUUUACACAACUGAUGAUUGCACGCCUCAAAGCAAAGUAGCAUGUUUCGACAUGGGUUUUACGAAUCCAGUAACUAUUAAUGUUCUUGAUUAUUCAGAUGGAACUUUGAUAACCACGAAAUCGGGCAAGGUUUUCCCAACAGACGUUAACGACUGGAAGUAGUUCACAAACACAAAAAAUCAUUUAUUUUUAAUGUAGGCUUUUGUAUGACUGUAUCUCCAUUCGAAUACAAUCUCUUGUGAGCGAAGGCUUCAAAGUCGUCAUUUUCACCAAUCAGAAAGGAAUUCAGGUGGUUCUCGAACUAUUCUUCCCUAUUUUUGUUGUUUUAGGUGGGCAAAGUAGACAAGAACUCGUUCAAAAGAAAAAUUGAAGCCAUCGUUUCCGAAAUUGGAGCUCCCAUACAAGUGAGUUUGUUAUUCUGCCGCAUUUCGAGAUAUCAGAAAACCUCCACUAAAAAAAGUUAAGGUUUUCGUCUCAAUCGGAAGCGGUAUUUACCGAAAGCCAUGCACGGGAAUGUGGGAAGCUCUGCUGAAAAACAACGGCGACGUGCAGAUUGACAAGGAAUCUUCCGUCUACGUCGGCGAUGCCGCAGGUCGUCACAAAUCAAAGGUUACUCUCCUUCUUUUCGCCAUUCCUAAUGCUUGCCUUCACUUUAUUCUGAGCCUCAUUGUUUUGAGAUUCGACCGAAAAAAGACCAUUCGUCAGCUGAUCGAUAUUUUGCCGCGAACCUCGGAAUCAGCUUCAAGACCCCCGAACAAUUUUUCCUCGACCAGAAGCUUGAAGAACCUUGGGGACCGCCGACUUUUGAGCCGAGUCGACUCUUCUCCGAAAAAAUAUCAGAACUCGAACCCGCAGGUUAGUUCCUAUAGUUGAUAUAUUUCGGGUUUCUUUUAUUUGAAAAUGACACGUGACACAAUUUGCUCACAGCCUGAAUUUUCAGAUGUCAAGGUCCCAUCGGAAGAAAAGGAAGUGAUUGUGAUGGUUGGUUUUCCGGGCAGUGGAAAGUCGACUUUCGCUAAAAAAUUAUCCGAGGAUCAUGGAUACGUAGUGAGUCCAUUUUCUUGUGAGAUUUCGUUCUGAACUUCCUCUCAUUAUUUAGUUCAAAUAUUUUCAAUGAAUUGCAAAGACUGUGAUCGCUUUAGCCCACAUCUCAAAGAUUUACGGAAAACUUGAAAAGUUGAAAAGAAUUCUUCUAGAUUUUUUUUCAGUAUCAAACUUUUUCAAUAUUUGAUCCCUUCUAGAUUGUAAAUCGCGACAAACUUGGAACAUGGCAAAAGUGCGUCGCUGCUGCCAAAUAUGCCCUGAAUGAAGGAAAAAGCGUCGUUAUCGACAACACCAACCCCGAUCGUGAGUCCAGGUAUUCAUCUCCCAAGAAAAACAGGGAACUCUAUUCAAACUUCAGAAAAAGAUAUACAGAAAUCGCCAAAGAAUUGGACGUUGAAUGCCGUUGUUUCAAAGUAAAUCAUUAGAUUCUUCCGCUUUUAAUUAACAUUUCUGUUUGAGAUGUCCUGCAAUUUGGCACAAGCGCAACACAACUUGCGCUACCGUAUCCUUACUUCGAAAAGUGCGCAAGACGUCGGUAUAAUGGUCCUGCGCAUGCAUGGAAGCAAAUUCCAGGUAUUCAUAUCCAAGGCGUCUGACAGUACGGCCUGUUCAGAAAACCUUCGCCCGGAGUUUUUGAAGGAGCAGAAUUUUUGCCGACUCUCAUUCAAACCAUAAUUAUUCAAACCAAAUCAAAUUUUUUUUGGUUCAUAGAAACGGUUCAGAAUCGGUUUGGAUUUAGGUUUGGCUCAGGUCUUCUGUACCCCAACAAGGAUUUUCUUUUCACAGACUUUAUACGAGACAUACAAUAUCUCAGUUUUAGAAAGAUUCUGAUCUCAUGGCUAAUCAGUCACAAUUUUCUUUUACAGGAACCUGAGCUCGCCGAGGGGUUCAACGAAAUCGCAACUGUAAAUUUUAUCCCAAAGUUCGAUGACGAGUCGCGCCGGGAACUAUUCUGCAUGUACCUCACCGAUUGA